AUGUCCAAGAAUGGGCAUCCGACGGUUUACCUGUUUGUUAACAAAGACAGAGCUUCUGUGUCUCUGUCUAGAUGUCACGGCAAAGACGCGUCGGCUAUCCUAAGCCAUGUCCAGUCAUGCCGCAACCAGAAGAACAAGCAAUUGCACAUGUUCCGGGUCGAAGACACCACCGAGCUAGGCUCAGCACCUCCGCCCUCUCGAAAGCAACACAUCAGUCACAAGCACCGUUCGCCGAGGUCGACCCCGCCACUGCGAAGUGCGACACCAUCAACCCCCAAGGCCCGCGCAUUGGCCACGCCCGAGCGUGUAAUUGAGUCAGUAUGCUCCCCUCCUCGGACCGACUCUCCGUCGAAGUCUCCAGAAAUUGAGGAGUUGCUACACUAUUUCAACUCUCUGUGCUUUACGCAUGAGGCACAUCCUCAGGGCCAGUCGCAAAGCCAAGAUCUCUUCCGUCUGCUGGUUUCUUCCGAGGAUUUUUCAAGCUUCUCGAAACGAGUGGUCGGAGGGAUCCACGGAUAUGCCAUGCUUGCGUGCACAGCCGCGAGAAUGGGCGCCGACAUACCGAGUCGACGCGAGGAGUUCGAGAUAUUGGCAACCAAGUAUAUGCAACCGUCCCUCCAGCGGCUACGGGAGCAGCUCGCCGAUCCAGCCACGAGAACGUUAACAGAUCGACAAAUUCUGCAGGAAAUGGUCCUCCACUGUGUGACGAAUUGGUACCUUCAGGAUUUUACGGCUGCUCAAACGCACCUAAAGGCCAUCAACUGUUUUAUUGGUUGUCUCGAUGUUUCCAACGGUCCCGACCGCAAGUUGCUGAACCUCAUCAACCGAUGCGGUCUCUUUAUUGCCAACAGCAUACGGGCCGAGCAGACCUCACGUCCCAGCUUGUGCCCGAGAACAGAAUCCUUUGCUGCGCGUGGCUUGCGCCGGGUUGUCUAA